AUGUGGACUAUUCGAAAAAAACAGGUUGUGAUAGGUCGAAUUGUUACAGCAAAUCCUUUUGAAGGAGAAAGGUAUUAUCUGCGGAUGUUAUUAAAUCAUAUAAGAGGUCCUUUAUCAUUUGAUCAUCUCAAAACUGUCAAUGGUAUCUUGGCCCCCACAUUUCGUGAAGCUGCAACUAUGUAUGGUUUAUUACAGAGAGAUGACAGUUUAGAAGAAUGCUUAUACGAAGCCUCUCUUUACCAAAUGCCUUUCAGUUUAAGAAGACUAUUUGCAACAAUUUUGGUUUACUGUAAUCCUACAAAUCCAAGAGAUCUCUGGGAACGCUUUGAACAAGAUAUGUGUGCUGAUUUUCAAUUAGUUGAAAGUUCUUCAUCAACUGUUAGAACUGAAACUUUACGCUCCAUCUGCACAAUAUUUGAAUCAAUGGGUAGAAACGUUAAUUCGUUCCAUCUUAUAGACCAAAACAUUGAUUUUGAUCAAGAUGAGUUUUUGUUUAGAGAAAUUGAUGAUGAAUUAGCUGUUCCAAUUCCAGAAGAAGAUCUUCAUGCAUCAACACUGCUUAAUUGCGAACAACAAAAUGCUUAUAAUUCUAUCUUACAAAAAGUUUUGUCAAAUGAACCUGCGAUGUUCUUUAUUGAUGGUCCUGGUGGUACAGGAAAAACAUUUUUAUACAAAGCACUCCUUGCUACAACAAGAACAAAGCAAUUAAUUGCUCUUGCAACUGCUUCAUCUGGUGUAGCUGCAUCAAUCUUACCUGGAGGUCGAACUGCACAUUCACGAUUCAAAAUUCCACUAGAUACCAACAAAAAUCUCACAUGUAGUGUCAGUAAACAAAGUGGACUUGCAAGAUUACUACAAAAAGUAAAGUUAAUCAUAUGGGAUGAAGCUCCUAUGUCAAGAAAAGAAUCUAUAGAAGCAUUGGAUAAAAUGCUAAAGGAUAUUAAUGAUUCAGAAUUAUCUUUUGGUGGAAAAGUUAUUGUAUUUGGUGGAGACUUUCGUCAGAUUCUACCUGUGGUCCCAAAAGGAACAAGACAACAACAGAUUGAUGCCAGCUUAGUUUCUUCCUACCUAUGGCCAAAAUUGACAAAAAUUCGUUUAACUGAAAAUAUGCGUGCAAGAUUAGAUCCAGACUUCUCAAAAUACAUAUUGGAUUUAGGGAAUGGGUUACCACCAAUCACAAUUAAUGAAUACGUUAGAAUUCCUGCAGUCAUGUUAAUUCCAUAUGAAAAUGAUUCUGCUUCUUUGGAUCAUUUGGUGGAUACUGUUUUUCAUAAUAUUUCUGAUUAUUCAACAAAUAUUUCAAGCAUGAUGAAUCGAGCUAUAUUGACACCAAAAAAUAGUUAUGUUGAUGAAAUAAACACUUUGUUGAUUCAGAGAUUUCCUGGAGAGUUAAAACAGUAUUACAGUUUUGAUGAAACAAUCGAUGCAUCUGAACAGGCAGUCAUGGAAGAUUUCUUACAUACUUUAACACCAAAUGGACUUCCUCCACAUGAAUUAUUGUUGAAACAAAACUGUCCAAUCAUGUUAUUGAGAAACAUCAAUCCUUCAGAAGGACUAUGCAAUGGAACACGACUAAUCUGUCGCAAUUUUGAUCGUAACGUUAUUCAUGCAGAAAUUGCAGUUGGUCAUCACAGUGGCAAAAAGGUUUUUAUUCCGAGAAUUCCAUUUUUACCAAAUCCUGAUGAAAACAGUGGUUUCCCAUUCAAACGAACUCAAUUCCCUGUUAAACUAAGCUUUGCAAUGAGUAUAAAUAAGUCACAAGGACAGACAUUAGAUUUUGUUGGGAUAUACUUGCCACAUCCAGUUUUUUCACAUGGACAAUUAUAUGUAGCUUUAUCAAGAGCUAAGACUAUUUCUGCAAUCAAGAUUCUGAUACGACCAAUCUCAACUGAUGAACCAGAAAAAAACUGCACAAAAAAUAUUGUCUACACAGACUUAUUAACAUUGGCCUCCUCUGACUGA